CAUAUUGAAUGGCACUGGCCGAUCAGUUAUCGGACAGAUUGAUGCAACUAUUAUGAGACAGCUAGAAAUAUUUUGUUUGAUUGCGCUCUUUGAUUGAUACUGAGCGCACUGGACCUUUACAUUUUUACCACGCGAAUAACCCGCGCGACACUGAAUUAACACUCAACGAGUCAUCGGCCUACAACACCACCUGUGCAGUCGCAGCACCGUUCCUGCAAAGAAACCACCAACCAUGUCCCCAACAACCCUCCAAUCACGUUUAAAAGACCUCUCCGCAUCUUUUGGUCAAAUCCACCCACUUGUCAACCGCCUACGCAAUUUCACCACAGCCGUCGGCCAAGGCGAUGAAGCGCGACUCGAGCUCGGAACGGAGAUCCACACCCUCCUCAAGGAGGCGGAGGGGCAGAUGGAGCUGUUAAGGGUGGAAGUCGAGGCUCUGGAAGCAAGUAUGGAGAAUAGAAGGAAGGGAAUGGAUAGUGAGAAGGAGGCGGAGAAGGAGAGGGUUGUUGUGUUGGCGGGGAGGUUGACUGAGGAUUUGAAGAGGACGAGAGGGGAUUUUAGGAAUGCGCAGCUUCAGGCGAAGAGAAAUGCGGAAUUUGCGAAACGGAAGGAGAGGGAGUUAUUGUUUUCGAGAUCGCAGGGUAGUGAGACAAGGAAACAGCCGUCUGAGAAAUUGACGCAGGAUGAUUUGGUGAUGAAUGCGUCUAAUGAUGUUACGCUGGCGUUGAGGAGGACGCAUCAGUUGAUGCAGGCUGAGCUGUCGCGGAGUCACUUCGCGCAGCAGACACUAGAGCAAUCAACGGCUGCGAUCUCCUCUCUCUCUGAAUCAUACACUAGUCUUGACACUCUCCUAUCGUCCUCCCGCAAACUCGCUAGCUCUCUCCUUCGCUCGCAGAAAUCCGAUACUUGGUACCUGGAGACGGCAUUCUAUAUAAUCGUUGGUACAAUUGCCUGGUUGCUAUUCCGUCGCAUGCUCUACGGGCCGUUAUGGUGGCUUGUUUGGAUGCCCUUCCGGUUGAUGUUAAGAACUCUCUUUGUGAUUCUCGGAAGUGCUGGUAUCACAAGUUCAGCUGUACAAUCAUCACUAGCUGCGGAUACAUUCACAACACAGGAAAUUCCGGCAUUAGUACAUGAAACCCAAGGGACUGUUCCUGAAAGUGGCACUGGCGACACUGCCUGGGAAAGGGAAAUUGUUCGGGAAGAAGCAGAUCAGGAUCGCAUGAUUGACAAGAUUGGACGUAUGGCUGAGGGAGGGGAUAAGCAGGAAGGAACGAAUAUUGAUGGUAUCUCCCCGGAAGAACGGGAACGACAGGAUGAGGUUCCUCGGAAUCCUAAGAAGAGGAUUCGGCCAAAGACAUUAGACGAUGUCGCUGCGCAAGAUCACACGACGAAAGUGCUUUCACGGACAUUAAACGCUUCUAACCUUCCCCAUAUGCUUUUCUACGGCCCCCCAGGUACCGGAAAGACAUCUACCAUCCUCGCCCUCGCAAAAUCCCUCUUCGGUCCCGCCGUCUACCGCUCCCGUAUCCUCGAACUAAACGCCUCCGACGAACGAGGUAUCGGCAUCGUCCGUGAAAAAGUCAAGGGCUUUGCCCGAACGCAACUUUCACAACCCACAGGUCUAGACGCAGAAUACCUCUCCAAGCACCCCUGCCCGCCGUUCAAAAUUAUCAUCCUCGAUGAAGCAGAUAGCAUGACGCAAGACGCGCAGUCGGCUCUUCGUCGGACGAUGGAACAAUAUAGUCGAAUCACCCGUUUCUGUCUGGUUUGCAAUUAUGUCACCCGGAUUAUUGAGCCGUUGGCAAGCCGGUGCAGCAAGUUCCGAUUCAAGGCGUUGGAUAACAGCGCUGCGGGGACAAGAGUGGCGCAUAUUGCUGAGAAGGAGGGGUUGAAUCUUGAAAAUGGGGCGGUUGACAAGUUGAUCACUUGUGGAGAGGGAGAUUUACGACGUUCUAUCACAUAUAUGCAGAGUGCUGCUCGGUUGGUAGGGGCUCAGGCGGCUGGCAAGAAGGAUGGAGAUGAGGAUUCAGAGAUGACAGACGACAACUCGAAAAUGAUUACUGUGCGGAUGGUGGAGGAGAUUGCGGGUGUUAUCCCGGAGACUGUUUUGGACGGCUUGAUUCAUGCCAUGCAGCCGAAGAAAAUCGGUUCCUCGUAUGGAGCUGUUUCUUCUGUUAUCACGGAUAUUGUGGCAGAUGGGUGGAGUGCCACUCAGUUAUUGACACAGCUGUAUCGUCGGGUUGUCUACAACGACGCUAUACCGGAUGUUCAGAAGAAUAAAAUCGUCACAGCUUUCUCUGAGAUGGAUAAACGUCUGGCAGACGGUGCAGAUGAGCAUCUUUCGAUUUUGGAUCUGUCACUUCAAAUCUCCGGGAUUCUUGGUGGUUCAUAGGUUCAACUCCCGGUGAUCGCAUUCUGCUCUAUUUGCAUAAGUGCCUAGGGCCGCAGCGACUGCUCCAAUUUGGGGUACUACAUCAUACCCCGUUCGUGCCAUUCGCUCCGGUCCGGACAGAAGAAACGGAUAAGCUACGAUUGCAUGAAGUGUAACAGGAAAUAAACGCUAUUUCAAACAUAUAGACUAAUUCAAUUCAAUUCUGGAGCAAUCAGAUAUUGCUCUUCUCUGUGGU